AUGUCUUUGCUGUUUAGCGAGCACUCUGCAUUCACCCCACUUUCACGACCUGCUACCAUGGCUUUAGGACCCCUCCCCGAAUACAUCAUUGGCAAGGAAGGCUCAUCUCCCGUGAUGGACAUGUUGUCAAAGUCAAACAAACUUUCAAAUUUAUCCCCGAUUUCACCUCCGUCGGCUUUUUCAAACUCCCACCAACAUCAUCACUACCAGCAUCUACAGGAGCUGCAUCAGCACGACAGCCGGCACCUCGAGAACAGCAGUGACGAUGUUCUAGAUAACGACGAUUCGUGUGUGUCCCCAUCACUAAGUGACAGUAACAGCCACGAGGCCCGUAGCCAUGCAUCCACACCCCACAGCCCGAAUUCACCCGAAAUCUGCCACAAGAUGGAUCCGAGACCUCCCAGCACUAAAGAAAACCACCAAACCUCUACACCCACCAGAGCGUUUUCAUUUUCCGUCGAGGAUAUCCUCAAACCGGACAAGAAAAGGCCCAAAGUUUCGGCACAGAACUUUGUAAAUAACAUCAGAGACGAUUCGAGUCCACACAGCAAUGUCAGCCCUGUACCGCAAGACUUAAGAUGGCCUGCCUUACCAUCGCAACCACAGCCGGCACAUCUUCACCAUCAUCCCUCAGCGGCCGUCGCACCACAGAUGUCGACAGCUUCAGCUUCAGCAAUUACAACACCACCAUCAGUUCAGGCCAUAGCAUCUCCUUCAGCGCAAGGGUUGUCUUCCUGGUUUCUCAGUUCCAGGUUUCCACAGACGAAUUCCGUACCUCCAGCGCCCAGACUGCCUCCUCACAAGAUGACCCUCAGAAAACACAAACCUAACCGCAAGCCCAGAACGCCAUUCACUACGUCACAGCUACUGGCUUUGGAACGUAAAUUUCGAGAGAAGCAGUACCUGAGCAUCGCCGAGAGAGCAGAAUUCUCCGCAUCUCUCACACUCACGGAGACACAAGUCAAGAUCUGGUUCCAGAACAGACGAGCUAAAGCUAAACGCCUUCAAGAGGCUGAGCUAGAGAAACUGCGCAUGGCUGCCAAACCCAUGAUGCCUCCAUUACUAGGAAUGGGGUUUCCAAUCAAUCUCUAUGGACAGUUCCCCAGGGGGCCUAUGAUGCAUCAAGGAGUCAUGUCUCCGUUUUCUUUGCACAGUGCUGGGGGUCUUCCAUCGGGAGUGUCCUAUCUUCAUUGA